AAAGUUGUGACGCGACCGUGGUGAGGUGACUUGGAAAAAAUAGUCCAACAUUUGCAUUAGCCCAUCAUCUCAUCAUCGGUCGAUCUAAGAAAAAAAAAGUAAUUAAUACUUAGAAAUUUACUCUCGAUAAUAGCCAGUUCCGCACACACCAACGACUGCGCUUCGUUGAUGAACCUUCCUCCGCAUUCGCGAUAAUCACCUCCUGACGCAGCAGGAACCCAUCGACACCCUGGCGCCCCUUCAAUAUCUUGCGACUCGCGACGGCCCCCUCCAGCGCUGGCGAGGAGGGCCCAAGGGAAUGAACAAGCCUACAGUCUACACUCCCCUUGAGUCGCUGUUCCUAUUCCAGUCACUACUAGCCCAUGGCGUCGAUACCAACGCGUUUCUUCGCAUCUCCGAACUCCUCAAGAACAAUGCUCUGAUCAAGGGCGGCGCUACGUACGACGCUGCUCGAUUCACUCCCGAGGCACUGCAGCAGCUCUUCCUGCUGCUGCUGGGCGAAGAGCUCAAAAGUGAGUCGGAGCGGCAGGAUAGCUCUGAAGGCAUCACAGUCCCGAAUCAGAAGAAGCGCAAGGCCGGCAGCCCGCCUUUGCCGACGCUCAAGGAUGCGAUUCAAUACAUCGAUAAGGUGCCCUUGCUAGUUGAAAGACUAUAUGCGCGAUAUCGCGAUCAUGUCGUCAAGGAAAUUCGAGAAGAUGAACGCAAGUUUGAGGCCGUGCAAAAGGAUAUCCAGCUCCUGGAACGAAGUGAAAAGGAAAGAUUAGCCCGAUCCGCCAGCCAGUCCGGCACCCCAGUACUAGCACCAAGAGAGGUGAAGUCUGCAGGGUCUAAUAGCCCAUCUCCAUCACCCGGCCCAACGGCUGCCGUUUUGGCCGGAAUCAAACGCGGCCCUCCGUUGGCUUCAUCUAAGCUGCCUCCCGGAGGUAUCCCCUCACCAGGUGCAACAACUCCCAGCCAUCUGCAACACGGCAAUCCUGCAAUUCGAUCGUCUGCAUCACCAAAAACUGGUGCUGUGGCACCGCCGCCACUUGCCGGGCAUCAGAACUUGAAACCGGCGCUUCAAUCAGGGAAGCCGAUCCUAUCACCGAAACCAGAUCCUUCUGUUGAUGGCCAGGGACUCAAAUGGGAACGACCUUAUUCUCCUCAGCUUGCCGGCCAAUCUCCUACACCAGGAACGCAGCCGUUACAACCGGCACCUGGGGGCAUUCAUGCUCAGCGGCCUGGUCAGCGAGUCCCUCAGUCGCAAUCUCCGCUAUCCAGCGCGCAAAGCGGACAGCCUCGACCAAUUCCUGGCAAACCUCUUGCGGCCGCACCACAUCCUAAUCAAGCUGCUACUCCGUCAUCAAACCCCGUCCCCAUCCAAUCGAAACCGCCAGUCACAAACUCCUCCCAAGGACGUGCGAUCCAGCCCACGCCUAUUCCCGACGCUGUGCGAGCCGCUCUGUCUCCAUCUCCCGCCCAACCUUCCAGUCCCGCUACUCAAACUCUUUCCGCCACCCCUAGAUUACACCCGCCAACGCAAGCUACUCGUUCAAACAUCUCAACACCUCUCCCAAGUCUAGAUGAUAAUGCGCACCUACAGGCGUCGCCCUACAACGCUAGCCAACCUCGACCAGCACUCCCAGAGCAUAUGAUUAGACAAGCUGCCGGAACACCAACACCAACCAAGAAAGCGCAACCUACCGCUUCCGGGCCCCAAACUCCCACCCCCUCUAGCCCCAUGGCACCACUCUUCAGAGGAUUGGGCACAAAAUGGGCCUCUACUUCAACUCCAUCAACGCCUCGACCGAUUCUGGAAGAACCCGAGAGCCCAGCAUUCGAGCCUGUUAGCCCACCACAACGUACUGGUCCCUCGCGUGCCUCGUCGAGAGUCUCAACUAGAGACAACCCUCGACUUAAAACAGAAUCGUCAGGUCGCGCGCGAGGUUCUCGUAGCAGUCUGAGGGGUCGGGGAGUCAGCGCUACACGCAGUCCUUCGGCAACACCACAGCCCGAUGAAACCGCCGAAAACACGAUCAAGCACGAGAGACUCACACCUAAGCCGCACGACGACGCGGGCGACACAACAGCCGAUGAGAGCGUACAUGGCCGCACUCGCCGGGGCACACCUGCUGGCCGUAGCUAUAAGCGCAAGCGAAACGAGACACCCAGUGAGCCUGCCGUAGCGCCCACGCACGUGCUCUGGACCAGAGGCUUUACUAAAGUGUCCUCGUCAGCACUGGACCAGAUCUCAAGCCACCGCGAUGCUAACAUGUUUGCGACGGCUCUCCGUGAGCGGGAUGCGCCUAACUACCGCCAAGUUGUACUCCAACCACAGGAUAUAACGUCUAUUCGCGCUGCUAUCAAGCAUGGCAAUAAGGCUGCCACGCAAGCAGCGACCAGUCUUCCUGGUGGUGAUCCUGGCACCACAAAUGUGUGGCUUCCAACGUCGGAGGACCUAGUCCCUCCUCGAGCCAUUAUCAACAGCGCGCAACUAGAGCGCGAGCUUGUUCACAUGUUCUGUAAUGCCAUCAUGUACAAUCCUGAUCCUGAUCGUGGCUUUGGACCAGCGUUUAUGAAACGUUCCCAGGAAGAAGAAGAAGAAGCGCUGGGCUACGAGGUCGACGAGAACGGUGUUGUGAGAAACACCCAGGGCAUGUUUGUAGAAGUGGAAAAGCUACUCUCAGACUUGCGCGCAGCAGAGAAAGAUCGCGCACCUCCAGCACCGUCUGGAGCCGACGACACUGUUGAGGAAGAAGAUGAGGAGACAGGUGAAGCAAAUACAGAGACACAGGCUCCGAAGAGAAGACGUGUUAGUGCGCGAAACUAAAAACCACGGCUUUGCUUGCGGAACAGCAUCACGUCUUGUAACGAAUACUACGGCGUAGUUGAAUAUAGAAAUUCUAGCUGCCCAUUUAAUCAACAAUGACAUAUGUAACACUAUUUAUGAAAUCCAAAUUAUAAUUAAGAGAGUUCA